AUGCAACCAGCCAUUAAAAUUAGUGCUCGCUGUGUAUUUUCAUCAAUCUUAUCAAGUCGUCGAUUUGUAGCUGUUGAAGCGGAUAAACCAUGGAGAACAGCUUAUGGUGGUAAAUAUACAGUGACAUUAAUACAUGGGGAUGGAGUUGGACCAGAACUAAUGAAACAUGUUAAAGCUGCUAUUCGAUGUGUUCGAGCACCAAUUGAUUUCGAAGAUAUUCCUUUAUCAAGUCAUGUAGCUAGUGAUGCAAUGUUUGAACGUGCAGUAACAGCAGUUAAACGUAAUGGAAUAGCUCUGAAAGGAAAUAUCGCAUCACAAAAUACAUCUCAAUCAUUAAAUGUUCUUCUCCGUACUCGUCUUGAUCUCUAUGCCAAUGUAAUACGUUGUAAAACAAAUCCUGUUAUUCGUACACGUCAUUCAGACAUUGAUAUUCUUGUUAUUCGUGAAAAUACCGAAGGAGAAUAUAGUUCACUUGAACAUGAAUCUGUUCCCGGUGUUGUUGAAAGUCUUAAAAUUAUAACACGAGCAAAAUCAGUUAAAAUCGCUCGUUUUGCUUUUGAAAUAGCGAAGAAUGAGGAAAGAAAAAAAGUGACUGCUGUUCAUAAAGCAAAUAUCAUGAAAUUAAGCGAUGGUUUAUUUAUUGAUUGUUGUCGUGAAAUUUCUAAGGAAUAUCCUAAUAUUAAAUUUGAUACAAUGAUUGUUGAUAAUACUUGUAUGCAAUUAGUUAAUCGUCCAAGUCAAUUUGAUGUUAUGGUUAUGCCUAAUUUAUAUGGAAAUAUAAUAUCAAAUAUAUGUGCAGGUCUCGUUGGUGGAUCAGGUUUUGUUGCUGGAUCAAAUUAUGGAGAUCAUUAUGCUAUAUUUGAACAAGGAACAAGAAAUACGGGAAUUGGUAUCGCCGGAAAAAAUAUAGCCAAUCCUUCGGGAAUUCUUUUUGCUGCUGCAAAUAUGCUGAAAUAUUUAGGAUUGGAUCAACAUUGUUCAGUAAUUAAAAACGCAGUACUGAAUACAAUACAAGAACGUAAAUUAAAAACUCUAGAUAUUGGUGGUACAGCAACAACAACAGAAUUUAUUCAAUGUGUUUUAGAGGAGAUUAUUCACAUGACACCACAAAUUGGUUUUGAUUAUAAAAUGCAACAAUCUAAAUCAUAUUUUUAA